AUGUUUGCAACCCUUGAUAAUCGUCGCCUAAAAUACUUUUGGGGACGUUUAUGGAGCGAUACUCUUUUAUUUUUUGCCAACGCUUCGCUUAACAGCGACUCCACUCGUUUAUCGCUUACUCACUUCCUCGAUCGCAAACUUCAUAACUCUUCAACAGUCCCUCAAACCGUUCCGGGGAAAUUGACGCCUUUUCAAUCACCGACCAGUGAGCAAGAUGGAAGCGUCAAACUAACUGAAGAAGAGAGAAAGUCUGCAACUGCUGAUGAGAAGUUGAUUUUGGGAAUGUUCAAGCAAGAGGGCAAAUGUGACUUUGUUCCUCCGUUAGAUCUUGAUGAGUUAGGAAAUUUUGUGGCAGGUGAUGGUCAAGGAGCUAGGAAAAGGAAAAAUCCAUUUGAUGUCUAUUUUACUUGGAAUGGUCAUGAAAAAAGAUUUUAUACUGACAACCAUUUUAACUCCAUUUUGGAAGAUCAAGUAGGCACCAUGUCUCUGAUUUCAUACUAUGUAUGUCGUUCAUUGUCAUAUGCUUCUUUAGGAAACUUCAAUCGGAAGUUUAUCUUGCCGGUUGAAGCACGGGAUUGGAUUGAGACCACUGUUAGAGAGGCAUGGAGAAGAUAUAAGCACAAAAUUAAGAAGAAUCAUUUUUUGAAGUAUUCCAACAUGACCGAGAGACUCAAAAAUCGUCCGCCAAACGUGCCAAUAGCCCAGUUUAAGAGUCUUUGUGCUUAUUGGAGUAAGGAAACUAUACAAGCAAUCAGUGAAAAUAACACUAGAAAUAGAGCUCAACUAAAGUGGAUGCAUCGAAUGGGUCCCAAAAACUUUGCUUUGACUCGUGAAAAAGUGCGUGAAAAGGAAAAAAGAGAGCCCACUCAAUCAGAAAUGUUUGUUGAAACUCGAAAAGGAAAUAAAGGAAAGGAACUGGAUGUAGAAACUAGAAAAGUAAUUUCCCAACUUCAAGAAAUGGUUGAAAAGGAGGAAAGUGAUACAGAAGCUUUUAAAGUUUUUUUUGGAAAGGAGUGUCCAGGCAGGGUACGCUGUUAUGGGAGAAACAUAACUAAAACUUCCUUAAAGAGAAAGGCAGAGAUUAAUGCUUUGAAACAAGCCCAAAGUGAAGACGUCUCUACAUUAAGGGACGAGUUUCAAGAUAAGAUUGAUAGAUUGCAAAAUGCUUUUAAGACCGUAAUACAACAAUGCAAUCCUCAAAUUAAUAUAGAGUCAAUUGAAGAUUUGUUAGGAUUAUCUCAUGGAGAUGCUAAUAGUUCCCCAAAGGAUAUAAGACCGCAAAUGCAUUCAUCUACAUCAACUCAUGCUCCAUGUCAUGGAAAGGUAACCAUAUAUACCAAUAUUAUUGAUUUAUAUUUUUCUAAUUAUGUUAUAGUAUCAAAAUGGUUGUUAAUGUAUGCAAAAAUUUGCAAGUAG